AUGUUAAGUACUAAAGUUUUAAUCACUAUUGCUGUUUCCGCUGUCGUCAAAGCUGCUUCUGAUGAUAGUCCAUGGGCUACUUACCCAGCUGUUCCAAAAACCGCUUCAAUUAAUGGUUUCGCUGAUCCAGUUUACAGUCAAGUUGCCGAAUGUGCUCAAAAAUGUCUUGAUGAACACAAAAGUACUGACUCCACUCCAUGUCCUUACUGGGAUACUGGUUGUUUAUGUGUCAUGCAAAACUGGUCUGGUGCUCUUGCUCAAUGUGUUGCUGAAGCUUGUUCAGGUGAUAGUGUUGAAACUUUCACUAGUGUCGCUUCUGCUCAAUGUUCCACUGUUGGUGCUCCAUCUCCAUACUGGUUCAUCCCAGACUCUGCUGCUACUGCUUUAGCUGAAGCUGCUGCCAAUGGAGGUGAUGCUACUACUACCGGUGCUGCCACUUCAACUGCUGAAGCUACUACCGAAGCCACCACUGAAGAAACCACUUCUGCUCCACCAACCACUGAUGCUCCAACCACCACCGAAGCUGCUACCACUGAUGCUACUACUGAAGCUGAAACUGAAGCUGAAACUGAAGCUGAAGAAACUACUGAAGCUACCACCGGAGCUACUACUGAAGCUGCUGCUGCUGCUUCAUCUGCUGCUGCUCCAGAAUCCGUUGCUGAAGAAACCGCUGAAGCUGCUUCAUCUGCUGCUGCUCCAUCCGUUGCUGCUUCAUCUGCUGCUUCUGCUUCAUCUGCUGCUACUGAAGAAACUCCAGCUGUCACCCAAGCUAACGGUGCCGUUGCUGCUGGUGCAGUUUCUUUUGCCGCUGUUGUUGCUGCUGUUGCUGCCUUCGUUUAA